CUCUUCUACAACACAGGAAAGGUCCUCAUUAUUUUAUCUUUAGAUUUGCUAAAGUUCUUAGGAAAUAUCACGUAACACCACAGGUUGUCCUUGAAUGGCCGAUAAUUGGAUAACAAUAUUUACAUAUUAAUUGUAUGAUCUUGACUCAUUAAUCACAAACAGCGCUACGMSUUCUCACAACUUCUCAAACAACGGCAAAACUUCUUGAUUUGCGUGCCCCAAAAAAUGUUUUAAGAUGAACAAGUUCAACAAGUCAAAUUAAUAAGACCGCAGGCAACAAAAAACUGAUAAACCACGUACCGUGCUCUACCUGAGGAGACUGGACUAAAAUUAACAGUAAAGUARUCAAAACCUUCACGUAAACAAGAAUCUAUAUCAUCCAACCGGUAGAUGGCGAACAAAUCAAACACAACGCUUUACGAGGUGACUGUCUGGGCGAUCCAGGGUCCUGAGUUCAUUGCCUCAGUUGUUGUCCUGGGACUUGUUUCUCUCGUUGGUCUCCUUGGUAACGCCUUGGUUGUUUCUAUUAUUACAACAACAAGAAAACGAGGACAGAAGACCGCUGUACAGAUUUUCAUACUUCAUCUCGCCGUCUCGGACCUGAUGGUCUGCCUGCUUUGUAUUCCUCUCACUCUAUUGGUCAAUUUUAACUUCCCUAGUCACGUGACUAACACGGAACAUAACUUGUGUAAAGUGACGAGGUUUACUCAGUUCUUGGCACCAUCCAGUUCCAUCGCCAUCUUGACAGUCAUCAGCAUUGAUCGUUUUUAUUCUCUUGUCAAACCUUUCAAAAGAAAUUCUGCAUUCACCAAGCCUUGUGUUCUYCUUUUGACUGCUUGGUGUUACGCUGCUGCAAUCUUUGUUCCAACGUUUUACUUCGCUAAAAUGGAAGGCCUUGACACAACGAACGGAAAGAUGUAUUACUGUAUAACUAUCCCUAAUAACAGCCUUGCUGGGUUCAUAUACCUUUUAUUUCUGUUCAUAGCUUCAUUCUUGGUACCGCUGAUCACAAUGAUUGUACUUUAUAGUCGAGUUGGAAAAGCCGUUUGGAGUCGAGUACGAAAAAUAUCACGAUCUCGUGACACUUACAUUUCAAACUCAAGUCUAUCAGUGUUAGAAAGGUCAAGAAAGCGUGUGACUCGAAUGCUGCUAAUAGUAGUAGUUGUGUUUCUUAUCUGUUGGUCUCCCUUUGUUAUUUACACCGGUUUCAUUGAACGAUGGGUCGCGCCUUUUCCGAACCCCGCAGAUUCUGUUCGACUGAUUACAUACUGCAUAGGGCUUUUUAACUCUAUUUGUAACCCAUUCAUUUAUUACUUCAACAGUGAGUCCAGUCGGAAAGACUCGUUGAAGGUUGUGUGCUUCGAAACUGCGAUUCGACGGGCGACGAUGAAAAGCUACGAUAAUACCGCUGUACACUACAGACCGUCAAGUGGAACUGCGUUUACGGUUUUUCGCGAUGGAAGAGAAUGCUAUGACACGCAGUUUUGAUAUUAAGCCAGAGUACCAAUAGUAACCAGCUGUUUUGUAAGAAACCCUUUAGUGCCGUAUACGGUACGAAGCACUAUCAUACCAACAUCAUAAGACUAGGAUCCUAAAUGUGGAUAUGUGCUUGUUGUUGAAAAUGAUAGGUUUGCAUUUCAAGGAUUCCAUGUUAGGGGUUAGUUAGUUAGAGCUAUAGUUAAAUCGAGGCCGUAGAGAAGGACAAGAGUUUUGUGACUGACGCGCGGCUUCAAGAAAACCAUGAAUCUUGUCAAAACAAUCAUAGCGUAAAAUCUGUGGGUUUGACAAACCAGAAGGCAUCCGKGGGGAAAUUGUCUAAAUUUGAUUAAUGAUUGGUUGUCUUUUUACAUAAAAGACUUCAUCGUAAUAAAGCAUUGAAGUAAGUUAGUUUGGCGUAGUGUAAUGACCACUAUAUUCUGCUGUUUUUGCUUAUUACAGUGUAAUCAAUAUGUCAAUUAAAAUGACUUUAAUUUGAUUAGAUCAUAGUUAACUAUGAUUAGAUACAUAAAUUGUACCAAUGCAAA